CUCAUUUUAAUUACAUUAUAUUUUGGAAAGAACGAGCGGUCAAUGAACACCUGCAUCUGUUGAGAAGAAAUGAUCUAGUUCUUUCUGUCCAAUCAAGAUUGCUUUGGCGAUCAUGAGUGAAGAGGAAGAGGUGCCCUUGAUGAAGAGCGAAAGGGCUGGCAGUCAGAAGUCCAGCUGUGACUCUGCCCUGCAGGUGCACCUGUACUACAGCCCCAGUUUAAAUUCAGAGACCACCUUCACCAUCCCCACCAGACACAUCACAGCGGAGAGCGUGUGUGUGCUUGCUGCUAAAGCCAGCGGAAUUCUUCCUGUGUUCCACAACCUGUUUGCUUUGGCAUCAGAGGACCUUUCAUACUGGUAUCCACCAACUCAUGUGUUUAAGAGCGAGGAGAAUGUCAAAGUUCACUACAGAGUGAG